ACUAACUCGGCUUCCUGACCUGGCUAGCCUGCAGGGCUUCACUAAACUGUCACAUUUUUCUGCAGAAGACUGUAAAGUGUCGCAUGUUUGUAGUAAUGACACAGUGUUUGUUUGUCGUUGAUGCCACUUACUCCAUGUCCUCUUUCUUCUUCAUCUAGCGGGAGGUGCACCCUACAAUUAUGGAGUUUUGAAAAGAAGAGUGGGAGUUUUGAGGGGGAAGGGGGCCUUUCCCCUCAAGUUUGAUGAUUGGACUCCUGAAUUAGAAGGUCAGGGCUUUGUGACGUUGUUGCCUUUUGUAAAAAAAAGCAGAGGAAAAUCUAUUUUUGUAAAAACUGAAAUGUACAUGUUUGUAUAAAACACAAGAAGACGUUUUGUAUUUAUUGAAAUCCUAAUGCCAAUGUAUGCUGCAAGCACCUUAGUUUGUGUUCAGGUCUUGGCCGAAAUGGUGGACUGAAACAAGUCACACAGAGGCUCUGGGGUCGCUAGGGUGCAGUGGAACCUCAACACAAGCACAAUUCUAGCACUCCGAACCAUCUCGACCUUUUGUUGAUGAAACUUCUUUUUUUCUUUAUGCAUCUUUUGCCUCUUAAAGAGCAUCUCUAGUUGUGUGUUUUUUUUGUUUGUUAUCUGAUAUAUUGUUUUUGGUUUAUUUGCACUAGUUAGUGGUUCUGUCAGAUAGACUUUGUGAAACAUAAGGGAGUGUGAAGUUAGUGUGAAGGUCAGUAUGAGUUUGACACCACUGAACUGCACCCACAAAUGCCGCUCACUGCAGCAUGCUGAGAACAUUGUGGCAGCUCUGACGAGUGGCUCUGAUGGGCAGUUAAGGGCAUUCUUGUCUUCAUACUGUCACAAUGUGGGCACUUUGCGGGAUGAGUUUGGCCGCACAGCCCUGCAUAUGGCCGCCUCAGUGGGCAAGAAGGUCCUGCUGGAGUGGCUGUUGGAGAAUAAGAAUGCUGACCUGAUGGUGAAGGACAAGGAAUCAGGCUGGACCCCAUUGCAUCGCAGCACCUUCUAUGGACAGAUCCACUGUCUCAUAUCCCUAAUCAAGCAUGGCGGCCUUCUCUCCACUCAAGACAAGGAUGGACUGUCUGUUCUGGACCUGACAAUGAAGGACCGACCAUCUCAUGUUGUGUUCAAAAAAUCUGAUCCAACUGAAGUAUACACAUGGGGGAACAACACUAAUUUCAGUCUGGGCCAUGGUAAUCAGGAGAGCCGGCAGCACCCUGAGCUUGUGGAUGUGUUUGCCAGGACUGGAGUUUACAUCAAGCAGGUGGUCCUGUGUAAAUUCCAUUCUGUGUUCCUGUCUCAGAAAGGCCAGGUAUUCACCUGUGGCCAUGGACAAGGAGGACGACUUGGCCACGGGGAUGAACAAACUUAUCUGGUUCCUCGGAUGGUAGAGGGUCUCAUGUCCCACCACUGCUCGCAAGUGGCAGCGGCUAAGGACCACACUGUGGUUCUGACAGAAGAAGGAUACGUUUACACUUUUGGCCUCAACACCUUCCAUCAGCUUGGCCUUUCUCCUCCUCCGACUUCAGCAAAUGUCCCUAAACAGGUGUUUUCCAAGAUGCUGAAAGGGAGGACAAUUAUUGGAGUUGCAGCAGGAAGGUUCCACACUGUUCUGUGGACCAGGGAGGCUGUCUAUACAAUGGGACUAAAUGGAGGCCAGCUGGGUUACCUCUUGGAUCCAAAUGGGGAGAAGUGUGUGACUGCCCCACGGCAAGUAUCAGCCCUGCACCACAAAGAUGUUACCAUUGCUGUGGCAGCAGCUAGUAAUGGAGCAACAGUAGUGGUGACGGAGAGGGGGGAUGUCUACUUGUUGGCUGACUACCAGUGCAAGAAAAUUGCUUCAAGGCAGCUCAACAUUAAGAAGGUUGUGGUCAGUGGCGGCAGUCUGGACCACCGUGUGGACCCACAGAUCCUGAAUGAGGGAGGAGGGGAAAAAGCAGUCAUCUUGGCAUUAGAUGAAGCUGGGAGGGUGUUUUGCUGGCGCUCCUCUGGCAGCUCAGUGAGACAGUGCCGGUGGGCGUACGGACGUCAGGUUUUCAUGUCGGACAUAGCUCUCAGCAAAAACAGCAUGAUGUUUGUGACUCAGGAGGGUGAGGGCUUCAGUGGCGUGUGGGCUGGAGAGUAUAAGAAAUCUGGUGAGAAGAAAGAGGUCAGUUUAGAGGUUUGUGGCCAUUCAGAUGCCGGGACAACAUAUGAACGAAUCCGCUUGGAGAGACUCCCGUAUGUCCACAGAGCUGUCUGCGUCACCAUGGACUCGAAUGGCCGAAAUUUUGGAGUGCUUCAGGCUGACCCCAAAACAAGCUUGUAUGAGAUCCCCAGCAUUUCUCCAUCCUCUUUUUCCCAAAACUUCCGGAGCAUUCUGGAAGAGGCAGAUGAAAUGGACAGCAUCCAUGAUGUGACGCUUCAGGCCGCUAAUCACACCUUCCCAGCUCACAAGUACAUCUUAUCCAUGAGGUCAGAGUUUUUCCGGAAGCAGUUCAUGUCCACACAUUGUAGGGUUGAUGAGGAACUUGAUACAGAUCUGAAGAGGAGCGAAGAUGCUGUAGGCUGCAGUCUACUCAUUUUUGAAAAAAUCCCACCCGACAUGCUGGAAUAUGCCCUCAACUUCAUCUACACUGACUCCUGUGAGCUUCUGGUGCAUGGGACGCGUCCAAGGGUUUCAGGGGCUUUGGCAGCACAUAACCAGGAUUCUGAGCAGGAGAGGCUUAUCAGUAGCCUGCAGGACUUGGGCCUGAGCGGUUGUUCAGCUCUUGAGGUGUAUCGCUCCCUUCCUACUGCACCCAAUGGAGAUGGUGACAAGGCCAAGAGCAAGGGAUCCAAGCCUGGCAAGAAGAGUAAAGGAGGCAAAGGUGAUAAGGCCGGAGCCAACGAAGGAGGAGGAGCCAACCCUGUGAAAACCUUGCAGGGUGUUGCAAAGAAGCUCGGCCUGGGGAGCCUGGCUGCACGACUUGAUGCAGUAAAAUAUGAACAUGGAAAAAUCAAUGUCACCAAUAAGAAAACUGGCAACAAAUUCAAAUUCUGCCAGAAGAAAUGCUCAUACCUGUGUGAUGUUACUCUGAAAUCUGAAGAUGGCAAAGAGUUUCCUUGUCACAAAAGUGUCCUCUGUGCAAGACUAGAAUAUUUCAACAGUAUGCUUGGAAACCCCUGGAUUGAGGCCACAUCCUGUAAUGCACUGGAAAUGCCUAUCACUUCAGAGAUUCUGCAGGUCAUUCUCGAGUAUAUCUACACAGAUGAGUCUCCUUCCAUUAAAGAGUCUUUGAAUGUAGAGUUUCUCUGCAGUGUACUGGUUGUGGCUGACCAGCUGCUUAUCACACGGCUUAAGGAAAUUUGCGAGGUCGUCAUCACUGAGAAUUUGACUCUAAAGAAUGCUGCAGAGCUGCUGGAAUUUGCCACCAUGUACAAUGCAGAGCAGCUCAAACUCUCCUGUCUUCAGUUUAUUGUGCUCAACAUGGCUGCCCUGUUGGAGUCAAAAGCCCUGGAUAUUCUCAGUGAUGAGGUGCUUGAGGAUCUGUCUGCAGAAUACAGGCGAAUGAUUCCAGCCAUGCAAAAAAGAAUUAUCACUCCGUAUCAUGGAAUUCCAGAUCUCAGUGUGUAUGGGGAUGAAGAUUUGGACUUAGCUUUUAGCCCCAAACCAGAGACUGUAUUGGAUCAGUCAUCCAGAGAUGUCUUGUUAAAGAAAGCCAAGAUGAAGGCUAAAAAGAAACCAAGGCGUCGAUCUGACAGCUCAGGGGGCUACACUCUCUCCGAUAUCAUCCAGAGCCCCCCUGCUACAGCAGUGUCUCAGUGCCUGAUGAAGGCAGGCAAAGCUAACUCGACAGAAUCUCUGCAGGAGCUUCUCACAUCAGACUCGGAGAGCAGCUGCAUCGGGCUUGGCAGUCCUCGAGACAUUCAGUCACCAGUCUUCAAUGACAGAGCUGAGGAAGAGAAAGAUUUCAGUCAGGGGCUAAAGACUCCGCCUAGCACCCCAAAUUCUCAGAGAAAUGGUCUCCCACCUCCCCCCAAAUCUGCCUCACAAAUCAUCCCUAAGGUCCUGCCCUGUCCCGCUAAUCCAACCCCUGUCUUGGAUCUGAGAACCAUCAUGGACAUGGAAGCCAAUUCUCUGAUGACUCUCGGAGCAACUCCUAAAAGCCCUGGAAGCACGAGCAUGAAGCACUCCCCUGUUCCUACUAAACUGUCCCAGAAGCAGAGGAAGAUGCUGGCCAUGGCCAACAAGGAAGCCAGUGUGGAGUCUACAGCAUCCAAACCAACCCCCACAGUUACCCCAUCCAAAAGCAGUGGAAAGGCCUGGGCAACAGCAGCUCAGUCCCCUCCCUCCUCAUGCUCAUUUCGGGCACUGCUAGAGGAGGAGAAUCGCCUGAUCCGACUGGGACAAACAGGAACACAGAAGAGCCAAGAUGCUCCAACUUCACCCGUCACUCCCACCACUGCUGCCAGAAGAGUCACGUUCAAAUGUGAAAGCAGCGAGACAGAGAAGCUUGCUGGGCCCUGGGUGCUGGGUGCAGCGGGCAGCCCUCCUCUCUGCUCCCGCAUGACCUUCGCCUCCAUCGUGGAGGAAGAGAAGAAGCAGGAAGCUGCAUUGAUCCGCAGCCGAGAGAAGCCGCUGGCACUCAUCCAGAUUGAAGAGCGCGCCAUCCAAGACCUUCUCUUCCAUUACAAUGCGUGUGACAACCCUGAUGAGCUGAUAGUGGUGGAGAGGUCUUCCAAAGGUCCCAUGGCAGCCCCAACCUGGCAGAAACACUGAUGUUUAACCGCUCAGCCACGACAUGCCAUGAAGAACCAAACCAAGGAUAUUUAGCUGAAUCCUGUGUUCCCGUCUGUAUAUGAUAUUGCUAAGAAGAAUCUGAGAAGUUCAUCACUGGAGCUGUGUAUUUUAUUAAUUAAUAUUCUAGGAUGCUAUGCCCACACACAUUUUUACAUGUGUAUGUAUGCAUAUGUGAAACAACAUUGUUCCAAAUGUCUUUUCUAAAUUGGACUGUUUUGUUAUGAAUAAUUAAUAUUACGGUUUGGUUAGUCAGAAUUUCAUGUGUACAGUACAAUGCAGUGGAAUUGAAGUGGACUUAGUAUUUUUUUUUUUUCUUAAGUGAUUUUAGCCAGUUUAUUUAGCAGUUUUAACCUCUUUUAUCCUAUUUCAAUUAUGUUUCCAUACACAUUGAACCAGACAGGUGUUUUCUUUGAUAAGGCUUACAGUUAUUUAGUUAGGUGAGCCUAUCCUCAUUCUUAGAGUUAUCUCUAAAAUCACAUUCUUCUGAUUCUUCUUAACUAUUAUCAGCCUAUUGCUGUUAUGAGCCAUUCUAUUUCGAAGAAAUCAUAAUCUGUUUGUCUUUAAUUAGUUCCACAAUUUUUCCAUGCCACAUCCCACCCCGGCAAAAUCAGAAAUUCCACUCAGGUUGGAAAUGACUGCUGUAGAUCACAUAGUUUAGCAGAGAGGGCCAUGACACAGCAUACUCUUCCUGUGGAGAGAUGCUGGUGGAUAAGGCUCUGGCCAUCAAGGCUUCCUGUCAGGCAGAUGGGAAAGUCAUAGGGCUGUUCUCCAGACAAUGAGGAUGACUUCACUAUUAAUUUGUUUAUGGGGAAAAAAAGGGGGGAUUGUACCAGACACUCUAUGGAAAUCGCCCUAUGUCUUCCAAACUGCAGCGAGGAGAGUGCCAAGGCAAAAAUGAAGCGGAGUCAAACACCCAUUUAUGAAUGAUUUCAUCAUUCAUCAGGCAGCGUGUCUGUGCUGUCUGUUAGGGUUUUGUGAGCGUAAAUGAUUCUUAAUUUCUGUACCAAACGGAUACAAAUCCAGGAAGUGAAAAUAGUGCAUUUUUAGGGCAUAAAAAUACUUUUGACAAGUAAUAUUCUUGAAAAAUAAUCCUUAUAUCCUUCUGUGUUUGUGUAGUUUGGUAAGUAGCAAGUUGGAACCUGUUGAUUCAAGGUUUAAUUGAAAUUUUUUGAAACUUUCCUUUGACUGAAAUAAAUAAAACAGCAAAAUGUG